CGUGGCGUGAGGUGUUCGAGCAGGAACAGGAAAAACGGGUUGUAUUGUUGCUAAUGGAGAAGCGAGUGAGGAGGUCAGAGAUUGUUUUAUGGAAACAAACAAAUCCACAAAGUUUUGUUUUGUACACAUCGAUGCGCUUCGGUCGCCUUCAAUUUCAGUAAAACACGGGUUCACGCCCAGGGACCGUAAAAGAAUAGCAACUGAACGUUUUGUUUGAAGCUUUGGGAUCUCUGAAACCUAUUUACCUCAUAUGUCAACACUGAAUUUUUUCAUACACAAGUGACACUGAUAUCAAAUCGAAGGACAUCAGUGAGCAUCGAAAACGGUUACCGUGGAUAGUAUGGCCAUGACAGGGGGGACAGCCCAGAGCCUCCCCAUGAGCAACCACACCCGCGAGCGGGUGACUGUGGCCAAACUCACGCUGGAGAACUUCUACAGCACCCUGCUCACCCAGCACGAGGAGCGCGAGACGAGACAGAAGAAACUGGAGAAGGUUAUGGACGAGGAAGGGUUGCAGGAUGAAGAGAAGAUCAUGCGGCGCUCGCAGCACGCACGGAAGGAGACUGAGUUCCUGCGGCUGAAGAGGACGCGUCUGGGGCUGGACGACUUCGAGUCCCUCAAGGUCAUCGGGAGGGGCGCGUUUGGAGAGGUGCGGCUGGUGCAGAAGAAGGACACGGGGCACAUCUACGCUAUGAAGAUCCUGCGGAAAGCCGACAUGCUGGAGAAGGAACAGGUGGCCCACAUCCGGGCAGAGCGGGACAUCCUGGUGGAGGCCGACGGGGCCUGGGUGGUGAAGAUGUUCUACAGCUUCCAGGACAAGAGGAACCUCUACCUCAUCAUGGAGUUCCUUCCGGGGGGUGACAUGAUGACCCUUUUGAUGAAGAAGGACACGCUGUCAGAGGAGGCCACCCAGUUCUACAUAGCUGAAACGGUGCUCGCCAUCGACUCCAUCCAUCAGCUGGGGUUCAUCCACAGAGAUAUUAAACCGGACAACCUGCUGCUGGACUCCAGGGGUCAUGUGAAGCUAUCAGACUUUGGGCUGUGUACCGGACUGAAGAAAGCUCACCGGACCGAGUUCUACAGGAACCUCACACACAACCCUCCCAGCGACUUCUCCUUCCAGAACAUGAACUCCAAGAGGAAAGCGGAGACAUGGAAGAAGAACCGGAGGCAGCUGGCCUACUCCACUGUGGGAACUCCAGAUUACAUCGCCCCAGAAGUGUUCAUGCAGACGGGCUACAACAAGCUCUGUGAUUGGUGGUCCCUGGGUGUCAUCAUGUAUGAAAUGUUAAUAGGUUACCCUCCAUUCUGCUCCGAGACCCCCCAAGAGACCUACAGGAAGGUGAUGAACUGGAAGGAGACUCUGGUCUUCCCCCCCGAGGUGCCCAUCUCCGAGAAGGCCAAGGACCUGAUUUUGAGGUACUGCAACGACGCAGAAAACCGUAUCGGGGCCGCGAGCAUCGAGGAGAUCAAGAGCCACCCGUUCUUUGAGCCGGUGGACUGGGAGCACAUCAGGGAAAGACCAGCGGCCAUCUCCAUUGAAAUAAAAAGUAUCGACGACACGUCGAACUUUGACGAUUUCCCCGAGUCUGACAUUCUACAGCCUGUGACCAACGUGACUGAACCGGACUACAAAUCCAAGGACUGGGUCUUCCUGAACUACACUUACAAAAGGUUCGAAGGGCUGACUCAGAGGGGCACGAUUCCGUCCUACAUGAAGGCUGGGCAGGCGUGAGGCCCAUCGGCUCGCUGGUCUGUCCUGGGGGGAAAGGACCGGGGGGGGGGGGGGGCUGUGUGGACGAACAGGGGCAGGGGAGGAGGGGAGGGGGGGGGGGGGGGCUAGGGGGGACUCGAACCGCUACUCUGCCGCGAGCGAUGGUGAAGUGGUGGAUUAAGUCAGAUUCGGCGGGGGGGAGGGGGGAGGCGGCGUAAGGAGCUCAUCUUUGGAAGUUUGGCGGAGAGGAGCGAUGGCGGGCGGAUGCCGCCAUCAACAGAUUCCCGCGAGGAUGUGAGGAUGUGACCGGAGCCCCCAUUGCUGCUGAAGAACUCCUGACUCUGGAUGACCCCCCUCCUCCCCCCCCACAACACAGCCUCUCACAUUGUGUGUUUGUCCGUAGGUCUCGAACUGAGGUACCAUGGGUAGGGAGGGGUGGUGGGCGGGGCUAAGAGGCUGUAGUACAUUUGUGCUUCACUCACACACUGAUUCACUCAGACCCGGAGUCUUAGACACUGAAUUCACUGCACUAAAAGACAUGUAUCCUGAGCUCUCGCCUUUGUCGUCAGAGUUUUUAGUUUUUACAAAAUGGUCGUUUUAUUUAAGUAUGUGUUGGAUAAGAGAAACGGCUGUGACUAUGACUGAGGGGAGAACAAUCCAGUCAAGCGUUUAGGAGGGAGAUCAGGCUGGCGAGGAACUUUCCGGAAGGUUCCGCUGCGGAUUGGCACUCCCUAGCCUCCCAGGUUCAAUCCACAUUUCAUUUCUCCACAAUUUCAAACGCGUCGUCUUCUGGGCCACAGAUUUAAGCAAGGGUCGCACGUUUCAUUUCUAACACAGUAUUUAUUGUUCAUUUCAGUCGGCUCAUUUCAGUUUGCUCAGUGCGAGUGUGAGAAAUGAAGCAAUGUACGACUUGCUUAAUUUUGUUGCUUCAAGUUUAGAAAGAAAUACAUAGCAGCUAGACCACAUCUGGUCCUGUCAUAUUUUUUCAGUAUAAAAGUACAGAUAGACUGAACCCAAGAAAUAAUCUCACUUGUAUGUGUGCAUGUAGAAUUUUGGGGAUGGUUCACAUUAAUCAGUUAGCUAUUACCUAAUCUAGCAGGCUCCUUACCCAAACAAUAUCAUGCAAGAAAUAUGCAAGUAACAUUCUCAAUAUUGUUUUUUGUAACUUAAGUGAUAGAACUUGGUUGUUUGUUCGUAGUUCUGUAAUUUAAUUGUUUAUACUUUCUCCGUCAUAAAGAAAAUGCUAAAGUUUCUUCCCGUUAACCAUCGAAAGAUGCGAGUGCCUGCCUGGCUCUACCAGAUGCUGCAGCAUAGCAUAUUUAUGACUUUUCAUCCGUUAUAUUUAUAUGUGGUGGCAAACACUAUCAUAAUCAAAAGGAUUGGAGAAAAUGUGUCAGUGAAGCCCCUAUUAUGAAGGGAAUUGGACUAAAGUAAAUAUUUAUCUAGAAGAUUUAUUUAGAUUUACACUGGCACAUCCUCUGUGCUUGAAUAUACUGAGAAGAAAGCUUCUAUAUGCAAUAUAAUGCUCCAGGUUUGGGGAAUUUAUCAUAAGAAUAUAGAAUAUGUAAAGUAUAUAAAACCAUUUUACAGUGACAAUGUCCCAUUAGUUUCUUCCCCUUUGACGUGUAGUAGCUGAAAAGUACCAGCACCUCCUGGCUUCUGUAAAGUGACUAGAGGUAAGCGUGUUUUUGAAAAGCAGGGUUUGGAGAUUUGGUUCAUCAGGGUACAUUGGGAGUAUUGUUUAACUGUAGACACCUCUCGUGUUUAAAGAUUUUAACUGUUGUGUUUGCAUGCCCCUCCUGAGGUCAGCUGCCUGUAAACUAUGUCCUGCCAUCCUAGAAUGUUUAAGGGAUUAACUCUCCCCAAGAAACUGUAGCAUAUGAAGUUAUUUUUAAAUUUCUGUAGAAUUAUGGUGUUGGUAAAGGAUGUUUGUAUGAGGAGGAAUUUAAGUAAUAUAUGUGCUGGGUGGAUUAUGUUUCUAUCUGCCAAUAUUUGAUAGAAAUAAAAGUGAAAACCCCCCCAAAAAAUAAAAUCUGUUAGAGCA